AUGAGCAGGUGGGAUCUUGGGGCCAUUGAAGAACUACCAAGCUAUAUGAGAAUCAUGUUCCGGAUUGUGUUAGAAACUGUGGAAGAAAUUGAUAAAGAAAUGAUGGCUCGAGGAAAAUCCGAUACUAUGCAACCGACUAUAGAUGAGAGUAAAUCUUUGGUGAUAUCGUAUCUAGCUAUAUCAAAAUGGGCACGCGCAGGUCACGUGCCAAGCUUCGAUGAGUACAUGGAGGUUGGGCUAGUCACAGCCGGAAUGGAUGACUUGGCAGCCUACGGCUACAUAGCCAUGGACGAUUGUGAUGAGAAGCAAUUGAAAGAGUGGUUCUACUCCAAACCCAAAAUCUUCCAAGCUCUGAGUGCUUAUUUUCGUCUAAUAAAUGACAUAGUCUCCUUCGAAGUUGAGAUGAGCAGAGGAGAGGUGGCGAAUGGUGUAAAUUGUUACAUGCAACAACACGGUGUUACCCAAAAGGAAGCCGUAGAAAAGAUGAGCAAGAUGGCCCAGGAGAGUUAUAAGAUAAUGAUGGAUGAGUUCAUGAUGUCGGCCACUACGAUGCCACGUCGACAGAUUGUGGUGCGAGUCAUUAACAUUGCACGUGUCAUCGCUGUGUAUUACAGGGAGGGUGAUGGAUUCAAAUAUCCCCAUGGGAAGCUCAAAGACCGUCUUACCGCUUUGUUCCUCCAGCCAAUACCUCUUUAA